CUCGCUUCGUGCAGUUACAUCAAGCCAGGGCAAGAUCGGCUGGUGGUCUCACGGGCGCUUUCAGUGUAUAAUGGGUUAUGUUUGACUUCCUCGGAGCGUACCAGAAUCUCACACGAACUGAAACGCAUUUUGUGGAUAUAAUUUCAUUAUCUACUACCACUGAUAUUUUCGCUCUACAUUGAUGAAUAAUGUCAUUAAUUUCAACUGCAUAAAGUGCUGUGAUGUGGAAGUUAUAAUUGCCAGUCGGCGGCAUAGACCAACUCAACAGGCGGGCGUGUGAAUUGAGAUGCUGAGGAGAUGGAGCUGAGCAGACGAGAAGUGCCUCUAUAUGGGCAGGUGAAGGUCUAUGCAGUGCUGCAAACAUCAGAUCCUAUCCCAGAGGAUGCAGAGGUCUACAUGGUGCUGGAAGGGUCCACCCUGGACCACAUCACUGCAGCUCAGAGGAGCAGCAAGGGAUGCAUGCUGGGAUUUGUAGUCCCUGGUCAUAACCUAUUGGAGACGGUGUCAGCCACAGCCUACAUCUACACCGCGGAAGGGCCGAUCUCCUGCCAGCUCCAGGCUGCCCUGGAGUACGUCCAGGAUGACGCCCAAGAGCUGUCCGAGUUCCUGGUCACUCACUGCCACUGUCUGAGCGCCAGCGGUUCCCAGGACGUCCUGGGCAGGUUCGGCCUCCAGGACGAGGUGGCCCGCCGAAAGAUGGACGAGUGCGUGACGCGGGCCAUGGCCAACCUGGAUUACCCGUACACGUGGAACGUCCUGGGGAGCCAACCCGGAGAGGUCCUCCGGCCCAGAGAGUCUCUGCUCCACCUGGCAGUGCGCCUGGGAUUCCUCCACCUCUCCGAGCUGCUCCUCUGCCAGCCUGGGGGUCUGAUGGCUGUGUCCAUGGCCAACGAGGAGGGGGACACCCCCCUGCAGCUGGCACAGCGGGCUGGGCAGGGUGCCCUGCUGGAGCUUCUCACCAAUCCUCCCAACCCCCUGGUCACGCCCCUGGCCGGGAUGUCCCAGAUGUGGGCCGACAGCUCCCGGCUGCUGCGGUUCCACCACGAGUCGGAGGCCCUGACGCUGACCGUCCGGCGGGGCCCGGAGCGGAACCGGAGGGCCGACAUUCUGCUCCUGAGGAAAAGCUUGAGGGACAGCAACUUCCUGGGGGAGAUCAAAGCUCUUAAAAGAAGUGGGCCAAAGAAUGAAAGCAACAAAGCGGUCGAUGAAGGCGGUGCUCAUGACGAAGGUUUGUCCAAAGACCUGUGUGAAAAGGACUAUGCACCAUCAGACAAUGUUUUCGAGGAGCAGCUCAUACUCUCUCUGGACGAGCAGGAAGAGCCUUCGCCGACUGACUCCGGGAAGGAUCAGUCGCCGUCCCUCAGCACGCCUCCGGCGCAGUCCACCUUCUCGGCGGCGGCCAGACUGUCUGCCAUGCUGAAUGGGAGGGAGCGGGUCUGUGCCAGUGCCCCGCUGGUGGAUCAGGUGGACGAGCUGGACGUGAAGUACAGCAUCGCCAGUGUGACAGCGGGCAGAGGAUUGGACAUCACAAGGGGAAGUCCCCACGACGAGCCCGCCCACUUCCUGGAAGCAGGCCCCUCCGGUUCUUGCGUGGUCCACGGUGACGGGCGUGGGGGGAGACGCACCAUCCCCCACAGGGAACAAUCGCCUCCUGCUCCUUCCUUUCCCCCCCCUUCCCCUCCAAACCUGGCUCUGGGACUGAACCACCCGUCUCUAACUGACCUGCUCAGACAGGGAGGAAGCCCACCACUGGAGCCUUGUGCACUGAGCCCUGGUCUGGUGGCUCUGGAGGUGGACAGCGAGGAGGACGAUCUGCUGGCGAGUACCCCUCCGUCCCAUGUUCCCACGCCCCCCCAGUCCAGCAGUGUCCUGCAGGCCAGCAGUGGGGAUGAGCAGGACUCAUUUGAUGCUUCCCCCGACCUCAGCUGCAGCCGGAACCACUCCUCCUCCUCCUGCAACCAACCUUCCACAAAGGAUUUUGGGGACCCAGGUAUUCGCCUACGCUCCUACUCCUACUCCACACCGAAGAUCAGCCUGGUGCGCUCUCGUUUCACCCCAGACACCGGCAUCUCCAACCUCAGCGAAGAACAGCGCACCAUCAGCCUGUCUGAACAGCCCAAAGAGAAAAGGGAGAUAAGGUUCCGUAAAAGGGCGCAGUCGGCUGAGGAGGAGGGCAGCACAGCUCUGGCCAACUCCCUGCAGCACCUCACCCUCUCCGAGUUCCUCAAAGAAAUCGAAGACGAAGAGUGGGAUAAAUAUAUAAUCCCCUCCAAGGCGGAGUCGGAGAAGUACAAAGUGAGUCGAACCUUCAGCUUUCUGAAGAGCAGGAUGUCCAGCACUCGCAACAAGAACAAGGCUAAGGGCAAGGAGAAGGAGGGCAAGGAGAAGGCGAUGAACGGGCACCAGUUCGCGCCGGGCGUCGGCUCGGGCCCGACGCUGUGCCUGGUCUGCGACAAGCCAGCUGCGGGGAAGGACCUCCUCCAGUGCUCCAACUGCACCAUCAACGUCCAUAAAGGCUGUCGAGAUUCUGCCACGGCAUGCAUGAAGAAGCCUCAGGACAAGUAUGCGGUAACGACGAAAAACAAGACUGCAUCUCUUCCACACAGUUCAACACUGAGGGACAGUCCAGCAUGUCACAUCAACUCCUCUGCCUCUCUCCCAGCCAUCACAUCCAAAGAGAGGAAGGAACCCAGCAUCCCCCUCUCCAAGAGCCUGUCCUCCACCACAGAUCGGGCGCUGAGUGACAGUGCGGAAGCUGACACAGAAACCAGCGUUUGGGGGAGCAUCUCUCAGUCUGAGGAGAUACUGCAGAUCACAGAGUCACCAUCCACCACCUCCUUUGUCAAUGAAGAUGCUGUGGAUGCCCCGUUGCGCGGUGACCUCAGGGCCGAUUUACUGGACUACGAGGCAGAAUCCUGGAGUCUGGCCGUGGACCACAAGUUCUGUAAGAAACACGAUAAGCGGGUCAUCAAGAGACAGGAUGUGAUUUACGAGCUGAUGCAGACGGAGAUGCACCACAUCCAGACCCUGACCAUCAUGGCAGAGAUCUUCCGUAAGGGAAUGAAGGAGGAGCUCCAGCUGGACCACUACACCGUGGACAAGAUCUUCCCCUGCCUGGACGAGCUCUUUGACUUCCACAAGAGCUUCUUCUGCGCAAUGAAGGAACGGCGACAGAGCAGCAGUCAGGGGGACAACAGCAGGAACUUCUGCAUCGAGAGGAUCGGGGACAUCCUCCUGCAGCAGUUUUCCGAUGACAACGCGGCGAAGAUGAAGCAGGUGUACGGGGAAUUCUGCAGCCACCACACCGAGGCGGUGAACUUCUUCAAAGAGCUCCAGCAGCAGAAUAAGAAAUUCCAGGCCUUCAUCAAACAACAAAGUAAUAACUCUUUGGUGAGGAGGAAGGAGAUCCCAGAAUGCAUCCUGCUUGUAACACAGCGCAUCACCAAAUACCCUGUUCUGCUAGAGAGGAUCCUGCAACACUCUCAGGAAGGCACAGAGGAGCACGCUGACCUCUCUAGGGCCUUGGUGCUGAUCCGGGACGUCAUCGCGGCCGUGGACCUGAAGGUCAACGAGUACGAGAAGGAGCAGAAGCUUCUGGAAAUCCUCAACCGCAUGGAGAACAAGAGCUUCGCCAAGCUGAAGAACGGGCACACCUUCCGAAAGCAGGACCUGCUGAGCCAGGCCCGGACGCUGAAGCAUGAGGGGCUGGUGUACUGGAAGACUGCCACUGGCAGACUGAAGGAUAUCCUGGCUCUCCUACUUACCGAUGCUCUGAUAUUCCUACAAGAAAAGGACCAAAAAUAUGUAUUCGCUGCUGUGGACCAGAAGCCCCCAGUGAUCUCUCUCCAGAAGCUGAUCGUGAGGGAAGUGGCCAAUGAGGAGCGUGGGAUGUUCCUGAUCAGUGCGUCAGCGGCUGGCCCGGAGAUGUACGAGGUCCACAUGGCCUCCAAGGAAGAUCGAAACAACUGGAUGAGACUGAUUCGGGAGGCAGUGGAGAGCUGUCCUGAGGAAGAGGAGGAGAGAAUCAGCGAGUCUGAGGAAGAUAGGCGGGCAGCUGAAGCCCGCGCCCACAAGAUCCAGAGGCUACAGGAGACGCUGAACUCCCAGGACCAGCAGAUCUGUGCCGGCCUCGAAGAGAAGCUGAAGAUCUACGCCGAGCUGGCGGGGCUGAGUGCGAGCGAGGAGCUGCUCUGUGAGACCCAGCUGCUCAUCCGGCCCGAUUCCGAUGAGGUUCCCCAGGCGACCGCGCUGCUCACCGCUGCUCUCAGAGAGGCGGAGAAGCUGACUGCUACAUUAACGUCACAGUCUGGCUCCUCCCCCAACGUGUCCCAGGAGAGCCUGGCUGAACCCACCUCCCCCAUGAAGCUGUCCAAUCACAGCAGCUUCAGCAGUGUCCAAGAAUCUCCCACAGAAUCGGAUUAUCUGAACACCCAGAGCUCCAGCUCGCUGUCCAUGACGUCUGACUGCGAGACCAGAGACGUGGAAUGGGCAGAUGCUGUGAUAUUACAGUCUCUCACUGAACUCAAGAGAGGGGAUAUCACCGGGAUUAAUUUAAAGGUAGCUCACAGUGUUCAGAGUCUGACCCAGUUACUCUACAGUCUACAGGCAGCGGUGACCAUCCAGGACAGCUGCUACCAGGUGCAGAAGCUGCUGCUGCAGGAGACGGACCGGGCGGCGGCCCCUCCGGCGGGCCGCGGCCGGGCCCUGCAGGAGCAGGAGAAGCAGCGCAGCCUGGAGAAGCGGCGGGAGGAGCUGGCGGCGCUCCAGCGGCUGCAGGGACGCCUGCGGCAGGAGCAGCAGCUGUGGGAGCGCGAGUGCGACCAGCGGCGCCGCCAGCAGGGGGAGCAGGAGAGCCGGCUGGAGCUGCGGGAGCGGGACUGCCUCCUGCAGGCCGAGCGGCUGCGGCGGGAGCGGCGGGAGCUGGAGGCCCAGCUGCGCGAGUACCAGCAGGGCCUGGAGCGGCUGCGGCAGGGCGAGCGGCUGGUGGAGCGGGAGCGCCAGCAGCUGGAGGCCCAGCAGGGGGCGCUGCUGCGUGGCUGCUGGAGGCAGGGCGGGCGGCCCCUCGCCGGGACCACCCCCCCGGGCGACCACCAGGGUUCCAGUCAUGGGCGGUCAGACAGUUUUGAUGCAGAGAGCUCGGCGUUCCUCAACGAGGUGAACUACCCCAACCUCCAGAUCUCCCUCAACAACCACUGCAUUCCCUCGGGACAUGGGUUCACGUUGCCAGGCAACCGUAACCUGGCCAGCGCCCACAACAACCUCAACGCCCUCAUCGCCCGCACCAGCGAGAAGCAGGCCGGUCAGAGGGCGGACUCCUCCCAGCAUCACCAUAACAACCACAGGACGGGUCCCAUCGUGCUCCCGUGUUCAGAGUUUAUCAGCGAGACUGCGGAGGCUCAUGGGAAGGACCAAGCCAACAACGAUCUGAACACUCGUAGCUGCAGCAGUGAGGAGGCCUCGGUGCAGGAGGCGAUGGGGGUAUCGGGGGGGUAUCGGUGGGUCAUGCUGCCCUCCACCAACUACCCCCUCCUCAGCCCUCAGUCCUACAUCUCCUUGGAAACAGAGAACGGGGAGGACAGGAGCGAAGAGAACAUUGUGUACCUUUGAGGAAAACAGUGUUUACCUUUGAGGAGUAUUGUGUACCUUUGAAGAACACUGUGUACCUUUGAGGAACAUUGUGUACCUUUGAGGAAUACUGUGUACCUUUGAGGAGCACUGUUUACCUUUGAGGAACAUUGUGUACCUUUGAGGAGUAUUGUGUACCUUUGAAGAACACUGUGUACAUUUGAGGAACAUUGUAUGUCUUUGAAGAACUUUGUGUACCUUUGAGGUGCAGGCCAGUCUGACUUGUGGAAUUCCCAAACUCUCCCCAUUUCAGCUUUACCGUGGAAGUCAGCAGUUUGUUUUUUUUUUUUUUUUUUUUUUUUACAGUUGACUCCCAUUCAAAUGUUUAGGUUUGUAAAUAUCUCCCUGUACAAUAUAUAUAUAAAUAUAUGUGAGGAAAAUAUAUAUUUGUGAAAAGUUGUGUUUAGUACUUGUAAAAGUACAUGCAUAUGUAAUUUUAUUUAUUUGUAUUUGUCAUAUUGUAUAAGCUGAGGUUUCAUACAGUUGCUUGGUAUGGGAAAUCUGUGCCUUAAGUUCCUAAAUUAUAUACUGCAAAAAAUAAUUCACGUAAAAUUUCUUGCUUUAAUAUCAUUUUAUCUAAAUAAACAAUUUUAGUGUUUAGUCACUAAAAGAAAUAUUGUCUUGUGGCCAAUUUUAUCUCAGAUACAAUUUUGUCUCCAUUUAAUGUAAUUUAUGAUUUUUCUGGACACAAAAUUUAUCACUGCAAACUAAUGGGGCCAUGUGAGAAAGGUUUUAUUGUAAUAAGAAAAGUAAUUAAAUUAAAUGUCCACCUUUUUAUAAUUCUAAAUUAAAAUUAGACAAUAGGAACCUGUUUUUCACCAGUGUGACCAUUGUGCCUUUUUACGGAAAUGUUAUUAAUAAUUGUAAUGUUGUGCCUUUCAUGUUUGUCCACUUAUGUGGUAGAGUGCUCUUAUGUGUAAUCUCUGUUUCUGUAUAGAAUUGACCUUUGGUCACUAAAAAGAUAGCUUAAUUAUUCAUUUGCAUAAUUGCAUAAUUUCCCUGCUAAGUUGCACAAAAUUGGAAACAGACAUUCUGAAGGUCCUAUAGAUUCACGCUAAAUAUAAAUGUGGCUGUUAUAAUUGACUAGAGGCUCUCUCUUAGUUGGCACUUGAUUUUCCACUAUGCAUUGUGGACCGUUUCCACGGUCACCACUGCCUUAUUCCUCCUCUUCACUUCCGUGCCUGAGUUUCAGAUAUUGAGAUGGGUGGGUGGAUGCUGUGCGUCUGUGCUGAAAGCCUCCAUCACCGAUGGCAGUGAAGUCACAGAUAUCCGGUAAUUAUAGAAGAUAGUGGUUACUUGGGAAGUGUUUUGCUUAAAAUAUUUCUCUCCAGUGCACUUGCGGACUUUGAAAUUGAUCGCAUCACUGACUUAUACUGUGUGCUUAUAUAGUUAAGUAUGGCUUCAGUUCCUAAUGUUUCAAGUGAAUCACUGGCAAUGCACAGCAUAAACAAAUCAUUAUGGGAUUAAUUACAGAUAAUUUUCGACACCAAGAACAUGGCUGUGCAUUACAUUUAAUGCAUAUCAUUAAUAUUUGAUUAUAAUCAUCAUUCUUGUAAAGCCAUAUGUGAAAGCACAGGUUAUUCCCUUCGACCUUUUUGAAAUGUAAUAUUCAUAUAGUAGAACCUCAGAGAGUUACGGACUGACUGGCCAAUCGCACAGAAGAGGGAUACAUAAGUACACUUGUAUCACAUCUUAUCACUGACAUUACAGAAAUGGAGUCACAUUUUCCAUUGAAAGAAAAUUUAAAAUACUUUUACAAUUAGACAAAGGGAAUGUCUAAGCGUUAUUGCACCAAUGCAGUAUGAGAAAGCCAGAAGUGAUAUGAAGAAGGGAAGAACAGGCCAAAGAUUGCGGUUCGCUGAGAUGUUGUUCAGAAAGCCAAUUUAGAAAAGAACAAUUAAUGUUCCCCUGAGAUGCCAAUUAGCACUGGUUUGUUUGUUGGCUAUUAACUUAGAUCAAGCAUUUCAUUUCAUGUCAUUCCAUCACUACCUCCCUCAUUAAUCUGUACCUUGGAGGUUCUACCAUACAUCUGAAUAUACAAAUAACCCAUGGAGGAACGGUUUCCAUUUCACUAGACUUUCCACCGCAUUGCAAAAAGGUCUGCAAAAUACAGAAUGUUACUUCAUUUUUAUAAGAUAUGUACUUAUGGUUCUCCAUGCAUAUCUUCCAAGCUGCAAUGUCAAUGCAUUGUAUGAUGUGUCAAUUCUUUGUUUUUUUAUAUUUAUUUCUGGUGUUGUUUUGUCUGCUGUAAAAAUGUUUAUAGGUCUCAUACUGAUAGUUAUUGCAGUUUGAAACGCGUUCAUGUUUGUUGAAAACUUUGAAACAUGAUCGGUCCUUUUUUAUUUUUGUUGCUUUGUAUUCUUUUUAGUGCUGGCCUGUAACUUGGACAAUUUUUAAUGGAUUGUGAGGAAAUAUCAUAAAUUCUCUAGACCCAUAAAAGUCAAAUGCCAAAGUCAC